AUGGCGCCGUCCCCGCCGCCCGUGCUGCCCUUGCUGGUGCUCCUGGCCGCCGCCGCCGCCCUGCCGGCAAUGGGGCUGCGAGCGGCCGCCUGGGAGCUGCGCGUGCCCGGCGGGGCUCGCGCCUUUGCCCUCGGGCCCGGCUGGACCUACGCACUGGACGCCGCGCGCACGCCCCGCGAGCUGCAGGAGAUGCUGGACGUGAGCCGCGACGGGCGGCUGGUCGGGCGGCGGAGCCGGCCGGGCCCCGGGCCCCGCGGCUGCGCGCGCCUCGGAGUGCGCCCGCUGCCGCUGCAGGUCCGCCUGGCCGCCCGCGGCGCUCCGGCCGUGCUGAACUUGCGCCUGCGGGCGCGAGCCCUCGGCCCUGGCUGCCGCGCCCGGCUAAGGCCGUGCUCUCGGGGGCCGGGCCCCGGCGGGGCUCACUGCUUCCCGGCCCCGGGCGCCGGCGGCGCGGCCACGCUUCACUGGGCACUCGCGGCCCUGACCACCUUCCCCGCCUGCCGCUGCCCGCCGCACCCCGGCUCCCUGUGCCCGCGCCGCCGCCUCUGCCUGCCGCCCGGCGGCUCCGCCCGCCUGCUCCUGCUGUGCGCCCUUCGGCGCGCGGCCGGCUCCGUCCGGUGGUGGAGCUGGCCUUGGAGGCGGCCGCGCGGGGCGCCGUCGGCGUCGCCAAGCCUGGCCCGGGCCGGGACCGGGGGCUCCCGACGGGCCCGGCGGGGCGCGGGCGGCAGCGCGAGCCCGCAGUUCCCGCUGCCCAGCUACCAGGUGUCAGUGCCGGAGAACGAGCCGGCGGGCACGGCGGUGAUUGAGCUGCGCGCUCAGGACCCCGACGAGGGCGAGGCCGGGCGCCUGAGCUACCAGAUGGAGGCUCUGUUCGAUGAGCGCUCCAUCGGCUACUUCCUCAUUGACUCGGCCACUGGGGCUGUGACCACCGCCCGCGCACUGGACCGUGAGACCCAGGACACCCACGUGCUCAAGGUCAGCGCCGUGGACCACGGCUCGCCGCGGCGCUCGGCCGCCACCUACCUCACCGUCACGGUCAGCGACACCAAUGACCACAGCCCGGUCUUCGAGCAGGCCGAGUACCGCGAGCGCCUGCGCGAGAACCUCGAGGUGGGCUACGAGGUGCUGACCAUCCGCGCCACCGACGGCGACGCGCCCUCCAACGCCAACAUGCGCUACCGCCUGCUGCAGGGCGCGCGCGGCGUCUUCGAGAUCGACGCGCGCUCGGGCGUGGUGCGCACGCGGGCCGCCGUGGAUCGCGAGGAGGCGGCCGAGUACGAGCUGCUGGUGGAAGCCAACGACCAGGGCCGCAACCCGGGCCCGCUCAGCGCCACGGCCACCGUGCACAUCACCGUGGAGGACGAGAACGAUAACUACCCGCAGUUCAGCGAGAAGCGCUACGUGGUGCAGGUGCCCGAGGACGUGGCUGUGAACACGGCCGUGCUGCGGGUGCAGGCCACCGACCGCGACCAGGGCCAGAACGCGGCCAUCCACUACAGCAUCGUCAGCGGCAACCUCAAAGGCCAGUUCUACCUGCACUCGCUCAGCGGGAGCCUGGAUGUCAUCAACCCGCUGGACUUCGAGGCCAUCCGGGAGUACACGCUGCGCGUGAAGGCGCAGGACGGGGGCCGCCCCCCGCUCAUCAACUCCUCGGGGCUGGUCUCUGUGCAGGUGCUGGACGUCAACGACAACGCCCCCAUCUUCGUGAGCAGCCCCUUCCAGGCGGCGGUGCUGGAGAAUGUGCCGGUCGGCUACUCCGUGCUGCACAUCCAGGCCGUGGAUGCAGACGCCGGGGAGAACGCCCGCCUGCGCUACCGCCUGGUGGACACCGCCGCCGCCGGGGCCGGGCCGGAGCCCUUCCCCUUCCAGGUGCACAACAGCUCGGGGUGGGUCACCGUGUGCGCCGAGCUGGACCGCGAGGAGGUGGAGCACUACAGCUUCGGGGUGGAGGCCGUGGACCACGGCUCCCCGGCCAUGAGCUCCUCGGCCAGCGUGUCCAUCACGGUGCUGGACGUGAAUGACAACGACCCCAUGUUCACGCAGCCCGUGUACGAGCUGCGCCUGAAUGAGGACGCGGCCGUGGGGAGCAGCGUGCUGACCCUGCGCGCCCACGACCGCGACGCCAACAGCGUCAUCACCUACCAGCUCACCGGCGGCAACACCCGUAACCGCUUCGCGCUCAGCAGCCAGAGCGGGGGCGGCCUCAUCACGCUGGCGCUGCCGCUGGACUACAAGCAGGAGCGGCAGUAUGUGCUGGCCGUGACCGCGUCGGACGGCACGCGCUCCCACACGGCGCAGGUCUUCAUCAACGUCACCGACGCCAACACCCACCGGCCCGUCUUCCAGAGCUCGCACUACACCGUGAACGUCCGCGAGGACCGGCCGGUGGGCACCUCCAUCGCCACCAUCAGCGCCACGGACGAGGACACAGGCGAGAACGCGCGCAUCACCUACGUGUUGGAGGACCCGGUGCCACAGUUCCGCAUCGACCCGGACACGGGCACCAUCUACACCAUGACGGAGCUGGACUACGAGGACCAGGCCGCCUACACGCUGGCCAUCACAGCCCGCGACAGUGGCAUCCCGCAGAAGUCCGACACCACCUCCCUGGAGAUCCUCAUCCUCGAUGCCAAUGACAACGCGCCCCGCUUCCUGCGGGAUUUCUACCAGGGCUCCGUCUUCGAGGACGCCGCCCCGUCCACCAGCGUGCUCCAGGUCUCCGCCACGGACCGGGACUCCGGCCCCAACGGCCGCCUGCUCUACACCUUCCAGGGCGGGGACGAUGGGGACGGGGACUUCUACAUCGAGCCCACAUCCGGCGUGAUCCGCACCCAGCGCCGGCUGGACCGGGAGAAUGUGGCCGUGUACACCCUCUGGGCCCUGGCCGUGGAUCGGGGCAGCCCGGCUCCCCUGAGCGCCUCGGUGGAGAUCCAGGUGACUGUCCUGGACAUUAACGACAACCCCCCCGUGUUUGAGCGGGACGAGCUGGAGCUGUUGGUCGAGGAGAACAGCCCGGUGGGGUCGGUGGUGGCGCGGAUUCGCGCCCAUGACCCUGACGAGGGCCCCAACGCCCAGAUCAUGUAUCAGAUAGUGGAGGGCAAUGUGCCUGAGGUCUUCCAGCUGGACCUGCUCAGCGGGGACCUGCGGGCCCUGGCCGAGCUGGACUUCGAGGUGCGGCAGGAGUACGUGCUUGUGGUGCAGGCCACGUCGGCCCCGCUGGUGAGCCGGGCCACGGUGCACGUCCGCCUCAUGGACCAGAAUGACAACCCGCCCGUGCUGCCCGACUUCCAGAUCCUCUUCAACAACUACGUCACCAAUAAGUCCAACAGCUUCCCCAGCGUGAUCGGCCGUAUCCCCGCCCACGACCCCGACCUGUCCGACAGCCUCAACUACACCUUCCUGCAGGGCAACGAGCUGCACCUGCUGCUGCUGGACCCGGCCACGGGGGAGCUGCAGCUCAGCCGGGACCUGGACAACAACCGGCCGCUGGAGGCGCUCAUGGAAGUGUCGGUGUCUGACGGCGUCCACAGCGUGACGGCGCUCUGCACGCUGCGUGUCACCAUCAUCACGGAUGACAUGCUGACCAACAGCAUCACCGUGCGGCUGGAGAACAUGUCGCAGGAGCGGUUCCUGUCCCCACUGCUGGCCCUCUUCGUGGAGGGCGUGGCCACCGUGCUGUCCACCGCCAAGGACGACGUCUUCGUCUUCAACAUCCAGAACGACACGGACGUCAGCGCCAACAUCCUGAACGUGACCUUCUCGGCGCUGCUGCCGGGCGGCGGGCGGGGCCGGUUCUUCCCGUCCGAGGAGCUGCAGGAGCAGAUCUACCUGAACCGCACGCUGCUCACCACCAUCUCCGCCCAGCGCGUGCUGCCCUUCGACGACAACAUCUGUCUGCGCGAGCCCUGCGAGAACUACAUGAAGUGCGUGUCGGUGCUCAGGUUCGACAGCUCCGCCCCCUUCAUCAGCUCCACCACGGUGCUCUUCCGGCCCAUCCACCCCAUCAACGGCCUGCGCUGCCGCUGCCCGCCCGGCUUCACCGGCGACUACUGCGAGACCGAGAUCGACCUCUGCUACUCCAGCCCCUGUGGCGCCAACGGCCGCUGCCGCAGCCGUGAGGGCGGCUACAGCUGCGAGUGCUUCGAGGACUUCACGGGGGAGCACUGUGAGGUGAACGCCCGCUCAGGCCGCUGUGCCAAUGGCGUGUGCAAGAACGGGGGCACAUGCGUGAACCUCCUUGUCGGCGGCUUCCACUGCGUGUGCCCGCCUGGCGAGUUCGAGCGGCCCUACUGCGAGGUCAGCACCCGGAGCUUCCCGCCCCAGUCCUUCGUCACUUUCCGCGGCCUGCGACAGCGCUUCCACUUCACCAUCACGCUCACGUUUGCCACACGCGAGAGGAACGCCCUGCUGCUCUACAACGGCCGCUUUAACGAGAAGCACGACUUCAUCGCCCUGGAGGUGGUGGAGGAGCAGGUGCAGCUCACCUUCUCAGCAGGAGAGACCACGACCACCGUGGCGCCACAGGUCCCCGGAGGCGUGAGUGACGGGCGGUGGCACUCGGUGCAGGUGCAGUACUACAACAAGCCCAACAUCGGCCGCCUGGGCCCCCACGGGCCGUCUGGAGAGAAGGUGGCCGUGGUGACCGUGGACGACUGUGACACCGCCGUGGCUGUGCGCUUUGGAAGCUUCAUCGGCAACUACAGCUGCGCUGCCCAGGGCACCCAGAGUGGUUCCAAGAAGUCCCUGGAUCUCACGGGGCCUCUGCUCCUGGGCGGCGUCCCCAACCUGCCCGAAGACUUCCCAGUGCACAACCGGCAGUUCGUGGGCUGCAUGCGGAACCUGUCCAUCGACGGCAGGAACGUGGACAUGGCUAGCUUCAUCGCCAACAACGGCACCAGGGCAGGCUGUGCCGCCCAGAGGAACUUCUGCGACGGGACCUGGUGCCAGAACGGGGGCACCUGUGUCAACAGGUGGAACACCUACCUCUGCGUGUGUCCGCUCCGCUUCGGCGGGAAAAACUGCGAGCAAGCCAUGCCCCACCCCCAGCGUUUCAGCGGUGAGAGCCUCGUGUCCUGGAGCGAGCCGGACAUCACCAUCUCCGUGCCCUGGUACCUGGGGCUCAUGUUCCGCACCCGGAGGGAGGACGGUGUGCUGGUGGCGGCCACCGCGGGCACGUCCUCCAGGCUCCGUCUCCAGGUCCUCAACAGCUACGUCCACUUCGAGGUGUCCCACGGCCCGUCCGAGGUCGCGUCCGUGAGCCUGCCCAGGUCCCGCGUGAGCGACGGGGAGUGGCACCACGUGCUGAUAGAGCUGCGGAGCGCCAAGGACGGCAAAGACAUCAAGUACCUGGCGGUCCUGACCCUGGACUACGGGGUGGACCAGAACACGGUGCAGAUCGGGAGCCAGCUGCCCGGCCUGAAGAUGAGGAGCGUGCUCGUGGGCGGCGAGUCCGAGGACAAGGUCUCCGUGCGCCGUGGCUUCCGCGGCUGCAUGCAGGGAGUGAGGAUGGGGGAGACGUCCACCACCGUGGCCACCCUCAACAUGAAGGACGCGCUCAAGGUCAGGGUGAAGGACGGCUGCGACCUGGAGGACCCCUGCGCCUCCGGGCCCUGCCCGCCGCACAGCCGCUGCCGCGACACCUGGGACGGCUACACCUGCGUCUGCGAGGCGGGGUACUUCGGAAGGAAGUGCGUGGACGCGUGCGAGCUGAACCCCUGCGAGCACGUGGCGGCCUGCGUGCGCGCCCCCGGGUCCCCGCGGGGCUACGCGUGCGCCUGCGGGCCCGGCCGCUUCGGGCAGUACUGCGAGCACAGAGUGGACCUCCCGUGCCCCAGAGGCUGGUGGGGAAACCCCGUGUGUGGGCCCUGCCACUGCGCCGUCAGCAAAGGCUUCGACCCCGACUGCAACAAGACCAACGGCCAGUGCCAGUGCAAGGAGAAUUACUACAAGCCCCCGGCCCAGGACGCCUGCCUACCCUGCGACUGCUUCCCCCACGGCUCCCACAGUCGCACCUGUGACAUGGACACUGGGCAGUGUGUGUGCAAACCCGGCGUCAUCGGCCGCCAGUGCAACCGCUGUGACAACCCUUUCGCUGAGGUCACCACGCUCGGCUGUGAAGUGAUCUACAACGGGUGUCCCCGAGCGUUCGAGGCCGGCAUCUGGUGGCCACAGACUAAGUUCGGGCAGCCGGCCGCGGUGCCGUGCCCCAAGGGAUCUGUGGGCAAUGCCGUUCGCCACUGCAGCGCUGAGAAGGGCUGGCUGCCCCCGGAGCUCUUUAACUGCACCAGCGGCUCCUUCCUGGACCUCGGGGUCAUGAACGAGAAGCUGCGGCGCAACGAGACGCGGCUGGACGGCGAGCGGUGCCUGCGGCUGGCCAAGGCGCUGCGGAACGCCACGCAGCCGCCCGGCCUGCUCUUCGGCAACGACGUGCGCACGGCCUCCCAGCUGCUGGCCCGCGUCCUGCAGCACGAGAGCCAGCAGCAUGGCUUCGACCUGGCGGCCACGCGCGACGCCGACUUCCACGAGGAUGUGGUGCGGACGGGCAGCGCCCUCCUGGCGCCGGCCACCAGGCCCGCGUGGGAGCAGAUCCAGCGUGGCGAAGGCGGCGUGGCGCAGCUGCUGCAGCGCUUCGAGGCCUACUUCAGCACCAUGGCCCAGAACGUGCGCAGGACCUACCUGAGGCCCUUCGUGCUCAUCACCGCCAACAUGAUUCUUGCAGUUGACGUCUUCGACAAGUUCAACUUCACGGGCACCAGGGUGCCACGGUUCGGGGAUGUCCACGAGGAGUUCCCCUGGGAGCUGGACUCCUCGGUGUCCUUCCCCGCCGACUUCUUCAGUCCCCCUGAGCACAAAGGAGGUGCUGUGGGGGGACCAGCCAGCCGCAGGGCCACCCCACAGGUGGCACACCCGGGGCCCGGGGCUGAGAACGGAGCCCCUCUGAGCAGGCAGAGGAGGCACCCUGAUGACCCCCGCCGGACCGCCGUCGCCCUGGUCGUCAUUUACCGGACACUGGGCCAGCUGCUACCCGACCACUACGACCCUGACCGCCGCAGCCUCCGGCUGCCCAACCGGCCGGUCAUCAACACCCCUGUGGUGAGCGCCGUGGUGUACAGCGAGGGCCCCCCGCUGCCCAGCCCGCUGGAGAGGCCCAUCCGGCUGGACUUCCCGCUGCUGGAGACGGAGGAGCGCACCAAGCCCGUGUGCGUGUUCUGGAACCACUCCCUCGCCGUCGGGGGGACCGGAGGGUGGUCGGCCAAGGGCUGCGAGCUGCUGUCCAGGAACCGGAGCCACGUCGUGUGCCAGUGCAGCCACAUGGCCAGCUUCGCGGUGCUCAUGGACGUCUCCAGGCGCGAGCACGGGGAGGUCCUACCCCUGAAGAUCGUGACCUAUGCUGCUGUGGCCCUGUCGCUGACCGCGCUGCUGGUGGCCUUCGUCCUUCUGGCCCUGGCCCACGCGCUGCGCUCCAACCUGCACAGCAUCCACAGGAACCUCAUCACGGCACUGUUCCUCUCGCAGCUGGUCUUCGUGGUUGGCAUCAACCAGACAGAGAACCCGUUCCUGUGCACGGUGGUGGCCAUCCUCCUGCACUACACCUGCAUGAGCACCUUCGCCUGGACGCUGGUCGAGAGCCUGCACGUCCACCGCAUGCUGACCGAGCUGCGAAACAUCGACGCCGGGCCCAUGCGGUUCUACUACGUCAUUGGCUGGGGCGUCCCGGCCAUCGUCACAGGACUGGCAGUGGGCCUGGACCCCCAGGGCUACGGGAACCCCGACUUCUGCUGGCUGUCCCUGCAUGACACUCUGAUCUGGAGCUUUGCUGGGCCCGUCGGAAUGGUCAUAGCUAUGAACACGGUCAUUUUUGUCCUGUCUGCCAAGGUUUCCUGCCAAAGAAAGCACCAUUACUAUGAAAGGAAAGGGGUCGUCGCCCUGCUGAGGACAGCCUUCCUGCUGCUGCUGCUCGUCAGCGCCACCUGGCUGCUGGGGCUGCUGGCUGUGAACAGCGACGUGCUCCUCUUCCACUACCUCUUCGCUGGCUUCAGCUGCCUGCAGGGCCUCUUUGUCCUCCUGUUCCACUGCGUGUUCAACAGGGAGGUUCGCAAGCACCUGCGGGCGGUGCUUGCCGGGAAGAAGCUGCACCUGGAUGACUCGGCCACCACCAGGGCCACCCUGCUGACGCGCUCCCUCAACUGCAACAACACCUAUAGCGAGGGCCCCGACAUGCUCCGCACGGCCCUGGGCGAGUCCACUGCCUCGCUGGACAGCACCGUCAGAGACGAAGCGGUUCAGAAGCUCAGUGUGUCUUCCAGGCCCGCCCGGGGCGGCCACGGGGAGGCAGACCCACCCUUCACCCACAGGAGCACCAAGAAACCCCACGGCCCUGACUCGGACUCUGACAGCGAGCUGUCCUUGGACGAGCACAGCAGCUCCUACGCAUCCUCACACUCGUCGGACAGUGAGGACGAGGGUGUGGAAGCCGAGGGCAAGUGGGAUCCAGCCCGGGGCCCCGUCCAUAGCACCCCCAAAGCGGAUGCCGUGGCCAACCACAUCCCAGCCAGCUGGCCCGACGACAGCCCGGCCGGGAGCGAUAGUGAGGAGCUGGGCGAUGAGCCCCCACUGAGGGUGGAGACCAAGGUCAGUGUGGAGCUGCACCAGGAGGAGCCGGACAGCAGGGGUCCAGCCAAGCCCUCCCUGCCUAGCAGCCAGCCCCCGGAACAGAGGAAAGGCAUCUUGAAAAACAAAGUCACCUACCCCCCGCCACUGCCCGAGCAGCCCCUGAAGUGCCGGCUGCGGGAGAAGCUGGCCGACUGCGAGCAGAGCCCCGAGUCCUCGCGCACGUCCUCCCCGGGCUCUGCCGACGGCAGCCGCGCCUCUGACUGCGCCGUCACCAUCAAGACCCCGCGGAGGGAGCCGGGGCGCGAGCACCUCAACGGGGUGGCCAUGACCGUGUGCGUGGGGAGCGCCCAGGCUGAAGGCUCUGAUUCUGAAGGCAGUAAUGAAACUUCAAUUUGAACCAUCAGGAACCGGUGAGGCAGUCACCUCCCACGGGCCACCGCGUUGCCCCGCCCUUGCAGCGCAGCCCAAGGAGCUGCUGUCCAAGAGGGAAGGCCCUAGGCGUGGGGGUUCUGCAGUGGCAGCUUCGUGUCUGGAGUCCCUCCAGGGGCUUGGAACCCAUCAGACCCUGUGGCAAGUGCCAAAUGCCAGAGGCCCCAGGGAGGGAGGCAUCCUUGGACAGCACACGGCCAGAGCCCUGCCGCCAGCCCGGCCUGCCAGCUCGCCAGGCACAGCCUGAAGACACAGGCCUCUUCUCGCAGCACCGGCCCUCGGCCAGAAGCCCAGACUCUGGUUUGAAAGCAAAUCCGUUACGUUGAAAAGGUGCAGAUACUGUUGAUGUUUGGAUGGGACUCUGCAUUGGUACGGACUGUGGAUACCGGGAGUGUGGAGCGUGAACUGGCAUGGUGUGGCUGCUGCCAGGUUCCCAGAAGGUCACGGUGUAGUCGGUGGUGUCAGCCGUCUCCAGCCUUCACCAGUGAGCCAGAAGCCGUGCCCUGACUGCUGGCCUCCCAGAUGCAUGGCGUCUGCUUUGGGGCCAGUGCUUCUCCCAGACAGGGAGUCCCGGGAGCCCGGCUGUCACCAGGGACGCAGCAGCAGCACAGCUGUUGCCGUGCAGGCGCCACAGCCGGGCCCACUCCAGGUCCGGGGUGGAGGCCUCCCUGGAGCGGAGGCCUCCCUGGAGCCGUUCCCAGGAGUGCGGAGUUGCAGGUGGGAGACGCCUUUGUUCCCGGCUCCUGCUCCGGGGGAUCAGACGGCGUUCACACGUUGUUGCUGAUGCAGAGGGAGGCACGAGGGCUUCGGGUGUCACAUUCCUUCCUGCCAGUUUCCUAGCUGAGGUCCCACCCCCCGAGUUGACCAAUGACAUCGUUGUGCUUCAAACGCCCGAUUGUGAGGAGGACAAAGGCACAGCCGCGCUUUUCAGUGCCUACCAGACUGUUUCUGGAGACUCUCACUGAGGGCCGCUGUCCACAGCGUGGCCCAAGGGGCUGUGGAACAGGGCCCAGGAUUACUCAGACCCUGCAUUCACUUCAGCGCUCCCUUUGUUCUUCACGUCAGUGCCCAAGCGGUGGACAAGCGGUUUCCAGACACUGGAGACGGCUACACGUCACUGAGACGGUUUAAGGCCACCCCCCCCCCCCCCCCCAAGCCAUCCAUGUGCCUUACUGGGCGAGUGGCUGCCGACACAGACGGAAGUCUCCGCAGGUGACUCCUGAGACCUGCGUGUCCGUGGUCCGAGCAGUCUUCAGCCCCAUGUGCGGAUCUCGCCCUCCGAGCAGUAGUUCUUAAUCUGAUGGGCACUGUUAUCAAAAAAACAAUGGUCAGUUCUACCGACAGGAAACGCCUGGGCUGUUUUUAUGACUGAAGACAUAAGAGAAAGCAGACACUGGAGGUUUUUAACGUGUAUUUAUUAACGUUCGGAACACUGGAAUGACACCACCACGAGAAAAGAAUCUACAAUAAAUUAAGAUUUUUUUGAAUUUGUA